AUGUUCGCUCAACCAUUCGAUCAUGCCUUCAAUGAUUUGUUCAGUCAGUAUGUCGACAUGGAUUCAUCAAUGGUCGAUGGCAACAAAGAUGUCUCAAUUGCAAGCGACUUUGACCAAAUCUUCGCUCUUGACUCGUUGUCGAGCGAUUGUGGCGAUCAUUCUCCCCCAGUCCCCACCAAACCCACCCAUCAGUCACCGCAACCCUGGGCCGCAGACUUAUGGUCUGUACCGCAAGAUGCAGCCUCAUCUGCCAGUCAAGGCAGCUUUACCUUUCAGGACACUGUGCAUCCCUCAGCUGUCUCAGACUUAAGCUUCCACCUUGAAGCUCUUCCUACUUCACACCCCGCCCCUGCAGUUACCUGCAAAGCAUCUUCGCGAUCACCCUCCACUCCUCCCGCAACUCCCCGCCACAAAGCCACCAAAAGUGCUCUGGUCACUCCGAAAUCUAUCCGUCGUCACCGAGAUUCCCAUGAGCGUAAACCGCUGCGCAAGCAGAGCUUCUCCCCAAGCUUGAUGCGCCCUUCCCAGCUGCAGGCAGGCAGAAUGAUGUAUCCCGAAGCAUGGGCUCAGCGGUUUCAGAACUUCAGUCUUCAUAGCUCGGACGAGCACUUGCCGCUGUCACCCCCUCCCUCUGAUAUCCUUGUGCAGCAUGAGAACAUUCCUGCAGACAAUGUUGUCACCCGUUUAAGCCAUUCGACCGAGGGCUUGUCGAGAAACCCUGCAGAGAUGCCUUCUCAUUACGAGACUGGUAUCUUUAACCAGUCACCGGCCAUCUCUAUGCCAUCACCGUCAGCCAAGUUGCUGGCAGCGCAGCAGCAGCAGCAGCAGCAGAACUAUUUAAGUCAAUCGAAUAAUUCCACGAUGGCCACAUCGAGCCCCCCUUCAGGCGACGACAUAUUUUCCUCUCCACAUUCCUCUGAUCCUCAAUCCUUGUCCUCUUGGCAUUCCGACUCCCUUGGGGGCCCUGCACUCCCUUUCACGCCUGACCUCCAAGGCCACGAUGGUCAAGCAUGGUGGCCAUCCAUGCCCUCUCGGGUACCACGACAACCUUCAUAUCAGCACGUGGUGUCCUCUCCGGCUCCACAAAGGUCCAUUCAAAGCAAUAGCCAGCAUGAUCUGAUGCAGGGAGGAUUGAUGAUCCAAUUUGAUUCAUCUUUUGAUGUGUCUACCUCGGCAGACCCAUCAUUUUCGUCUGCCGUGGCUUCGGCCCCUAUGCCCCAGGAGAAUCAAAAUACGUACAACCACAUUCCCAUCACUCCUCAAAAGUAUAUGAACUCGUCCGCUUACGCGACUCCUCCUGUUCAACAUCCGUCACGAUCACCAUCUUUGUCUCCAAGAGGCCGCGGGUCACCAACACAAGGAUCACCCUUGCGUAACGGAGUCCAUACAAAGACUAGUCCUCACCGCCGCGGCAACCAUGGCAGGAAGUUGUCUUCUCAAUCAAUGAGCGCACCUAAGCCCGUCAAAGGGCCAAACUCUAGUCCCCGAGCGGGAUCCAACAAGUCACUGACAGUGUCGUUUGUCAACUUCACUCCAAACGACAGCAAGAAAAUCCUUACAGGAGUCGCCCCAAGUGGGAGUUCCAAGACUAAAGCAAGACGCGAACAGGAGGCCCGCGAUCGACGCCGCAAGCUCAGCGAGGCUGCCAUCAAUGCAGUACGAAAGGCUGGCGGAGAUGUCGAAGCACUCGAGGCUGUCCUCUGCUAA